UUUCGCGUCCAUGUUUCUCCAAGAAGCUCCUCUUCCCAUGAUCCUAAGCACUCGGCACUUGGAUAUCCUCAAUCACCUGUAGAGCCUAUCAUCGAAGCCUCUAAAUCAGAAAGACAUAUCAUGCCCUCACUGCUCCCCAGCUUUACCAUCGCAACCAGUGCCUCCAGUAACAGCACUCAAAAUCACCCCUCGCUUGCUUCAAUUCCACCCAGCCUCCGUCUCUCUUCUACGACAUCAUUGUCUGGUCCCUCGAGUAACACUCAUGGAGUCGUCUCCGACACUGUUGAUACAGGCAUUUGUGCAACAUCCGUGGCUCUUGAGUCAUCGCCAGCUGAAUCUGCCUCACCGCUUGUCGGUCAUCGCUUGCUGUUAGGCAGCGGAGAGCAGCUGGCUGCAGGAGAAGCCGAAGCCGAGUUGAAUGAAUUUGAUGCUAAGGAGUUAAGGUGGGGACAUAUAUGGAAUAUUUUUGGAUAA